AUGAGUCUAAAUUGUCUAACUUGUCAAACCUUGCUAAGAACAGACUCGGAUCGAGAAUACGACAAUAACACCAUUGAUGAGGAAGAUCAAGUUGUAGAAAAUCUAUAUUAUGAGAAGACAGAGAGAAACUGGUCAAGAAACUUAACCCCUCCAGUUUACAAAAAAAUGAAAAGUGGAUCUUUAUUGGUUACUUCGAGUCGAAAGGUUAAAAGAAGCCAUCGCAGGUUAAAUACAUCUACCGGAGUUGUUGGAUAUGAAACUUCCGCUGAACCAAAGUUGGAAAGGAGUGUUGGAAUGAGAAGGGAAUGGAGCUUUGAGGAUUUGAGAGAAAAGAGAAAGGAAGCAGACAGGCUACUCAGAGACUAA